AUGCAGAGCGCGGCCCCCGCCGCCCCGCCGGCCCUGCACCUCCUCACCUCCUACUUCAUCGACAGCAUCCUGGGCCGGGGCCCCGCCGCGGGCCGGCACGGCGCCGAACGCGCGGAGACGCCGCGGCCCGGCCGAGCGCGCAGCCCCGCGGAGGAGCCGCAGGCGGAGCAGCGCGAGGAGCGCCCGCCCGGCUCCGGGGCACCGGGGCCGGUGAAGAGGAAGCAGCGGCGGUACCGCACCACGUUCAGCACGUUCCAGCUGGAGGAGCUGGAGCGCGCCUUCUGCAAGUCCCACUACCCCGACGUGUUCACCAGAGAGGAGCUGGCCCUGCGCCUUGACCUGACGGAAGCCCGGGUGCAGGUCUGGUUCCAAAACAGAAGGGCAAAGUGGAGGAAACGUGAAAAAAAUGAAAUUCUGGGGACUGUUCCGGGAAUCUCCUUAACGCACCCACUUGGUCUAUUUUUGGAUGUUCCACUGAGUCAUUCUCCCCUCCUAGAUCACACGUGGAGCUUUAAAAAUGUACAUAUGGAAGAAAUUGGAAAUUUUGGAACUUUUUUUCCUAAUACUUUGGUGGGGGGAAGCUGCAACUCAGUAAGUAUUUGUUCUCCAAAACAAGUCUUAAUUUGGGUAAUAUUGACUUCUUUCAAAUACAGGUUUCUCAGUGCUUUAAAUCCUCUCAUGACAACAGCUUCAGUGCUAAUGAAAGCUCCUGGACCCCCGUCAGACCCUGUUCUCACUGCCUUCACUGAUCCAGCAGCAGUUGAAAGGAAAACGUCAAGCAUUGCAGCACUAAGACUCAAAGCGAAAGAACAUUCAGCACAAAUCCCUCAAUUAAACCUCAUCUCCAGUCUUACAAACACUAACAAAGAACUUUGUUAG